AUGGAACUCAAGAAUCCAGAUACCUCUAUGCCCGGAUACGAACCAGGCGAAGUCAUGGACAUAGAUGAGUUGUAUUAUCGCGGCGAUGAAAGCGAUGAGCCGGGGUUAUCUGAGGAUGACCAGAGGAAAAUACAUAUACAAGGUCUAUUGCGUCAGAUUGAAACCCGCAUUGACGAUAGUACAUUGCGAGAAGCACCGAAGGGUAUAAUGAAAUAUUACCGAGAUGCAUCCGAUGAGGUCAAACAGCUCUUGGCUGAUCCGGAAAACGAGGAGGUAUUUCAAAAGCUAUUGGCGUACCAAACCAAUAUCCAGCGCCAGAAGAAAGGUUUCAACCUCAAUGUCGAACAUAUACGCGAGGUAGCGAGAUGCAUUAUUGCUUGCCACGAAAGAUUACUUCAAAACCCAGAAGACAUGCUCGAAAAGUGCAAAUACACAGAAGCUUUGGUUACCUUUGAAUGUCAGAGACGGUACGAUGGAUGGCCAAGGGAUUGGAAUCUUCGGGACUCCCAUGAGGCGGUCCCCGUGGCCUUCGGUGCAAUGGCCGAUCCUUACGUUCAUGUCCUAAAGAGUGAUCCCAGAAACAAAGAUGCCAGAGCCAAAUUGCGAGACCUGGAUGUCCAGCUUCAAACUUGGUUCAAUUCCAAACAGCAAAUGGGACCAUGGGACAAGCUCAUCGGAUUCUACGAUGAACUGGUUUCCAUCAUGCCGGGUAUUCAAGCUGAUCACGAGCUCCACCUACAUCUAGAGGACUUCCUUGAGACAAACCACUACCCUCUCUCCUGGGCAGACAAAUUCUGA